AUCAAACAAAGAGCGUGUGCCGUAGAUUGACGUAACCGUGAUCACGCCACUUGGUCAUGAUUUGUUGGCGCAUUGUUAAUCGAUGAUCGUGCCAUUACUGACUUUGUUUGUCUGGGUAGUAUAUAAAUCAUUGUGUCCUUUUUAAAAUGAUUUUUUUCUUCAUUCUGUGUCAGUCUAAUGCAAAGCCGGUUGCUUGGUUUAUUUUUGCUUACACAUGCAUUGAAUGUUGCUUCUGUCUGGCCUGGCUUAUUGGAGAAAAGACGCGCGCGAAUACUAUAACCGUUAUAUCAUUUAAAUCGAAUCGAUCGAUUGAUAACCAAAAACAAAAAAAAAACAAACCAGUAGCAACGACAUUCAUUAUUAUCGUGAUUGCAACCAAGAUAGCAAUCAUUGUGAAAUAUCUUCUAGUCCCGGCAUAAACUUACCAAUCCUAUCAUCAUUUCAUCAUCGAAUGAUCAGUAUAAUGAUGGCAAUGUUAGUAUUACUGUUUAUGGUCAUGACACCAUUCUUGACCAUAAUUCAAGCCAUUCCUCAUAAACUGCCAUCAACCACCAUGAAUGAAUCUUUCGCGUCAACAUAUCAAUUAAAAGAUGGUGAAGUCAUUACAAAAUUGGUUUGGGCCAAUUAUUCGGCCAUCGAAACUCGAUAUCUUCAUAUUGACUUGAUUCAGAUGACUCGUAAUAAAUAUGAAAUAAUUCAAUUCUGGUUAACCGAUGGUCAACUUAUCGAUUGCGAAUAUACCAAUGACAGCAAAACUAUCGAAAAAUUUCAUGAACAAUUUCACAAAAUUAAUCCGAAUAUUAGAAAGGAUACAAAAUCUUUCAAAAUGCUUGAACAAUAUAAUAAUUUAACCGAAAUCACAUUACCUGAACAUCUGAAACGAUUGACUGAUUAUGAACGCUAUGAACGUCAAUGUCGACAAUUACAUCAAAAAGUUCAACAACAUUAUCAAUCUAAAAUGGGAAACGAUAUCAAAAAUGAUGACACUUUAGCCCGAUCACGAAGACGAACGAGAACAAAACGAGAUUCUUUAUUAUUUCCCGGUACUAAAUGGUGUGGAAAAGGUUCCAAUGGUAAAGCUUUCGAAGAUCUAGGUGAUUAUUCAUUUGCUGAUCGUUGUUGUCGUGAUCACGAUCGAUGUAAAUAUUCAAUUGGUCCAUUCGAAAAUCAAUAUCAUUUAUUCAAUUACAGAUUCCACUAUGUUUCACAUUGUUCAUGCGAUGAAAGAUUUCGAUCAUGCCUAAAAGUGGCCAACUCUGGCGCUGCUAAUUUGGUUGGUAAAAUUUAUUUCAACGUUGUCAAGACCAAGUGUUUUAUGUUCAAAAUGGAUGACAUGUGCAUCGAUCGUACAUGGUGGGGUAAUUGCAUCGAAACGAAAAGAAGAAAACGUGCCAUUUUCCGUGAACCAAUGGAAUAUUAGACUGGCCAUAAAUUGAACAAAAACCAACGAAAAAAUAAAUUCGCUGUCGUAAACAUUUGCUAAAAUGAUUCAUUUGUCUAUAAUUUAUUCAUUGUUGAUUUUAUAAUAAAAAUGAUUUGCUUUUAUUAUUUGA